UUGGACUCUCCCUUGUCAGGACUCUGAGAUUGGGCCUCGAGGUUGGCCUUACAGCAGAAACCGAGUUCCUAGGGAUAACUGGACAAGCUUGUGAAGACCGCCAAUAGCAUCAUACGCCUCUCACUUCCAAUCUUGUCCCCUCCUCCCCUUCUGCGAUCAUCAUGUCCUACAUGGAAGGAGAAGACAAUGGCUCCUCCCCCAAGCAGCGACUUGGUAAUCUAGAGGAAGCCAUGCAACGAAUGGAGGGACUCCUCCACAACCUCAUAAUUGCACAGCAACAGCCUUGCCCUGCCCCUGCUCUGUCUCCGGCAGUGGGUCCAGGUGUAUCUACUGGCCAACAGGCCAGCUCGAGACCCCUCAUCCGCCCCAACCCCCCAUUCACGUUUGAUGGGGAUCGCACCCAGGGCAAGAUGUUUCUCCAUUCCGUCAAGCAGUACUGGCGCCUCCUCCCUGAGGCCUUCCAUGUGAACGGGGUAGUAUCAGAAGAGCAGAUGGUACGCUUUGCCCUCUCCUACAUGUCCAAGGACUCGGCUGCCUCCUGGUCAGAAUGGAUGUCAGAGCGCCUCGUCUUCCCAUUCCUGAACUGGUCUUCCUUCGUCGCCGAGUUCAAGCUUGACAUUGCCAGUGUCGUCAACACGGUCAGGAUCGGGAAUGUAGUUGGUGAAGUCAUGCUGCUCGUCAUAGUAGGCAGCACUGCCAGGUGUGCCGAUGGCCUUUGAUCGUGCCACUGGCAUGUGGUGUAGAAAAG